UUGUAAUAAGACUGUUCUUUAUUUCAUUUCUUGAAUUGAACCGAUGGAAGUUCAGAAUUAAAUCCUGAUAUUCUUUUGGUGCUGUUUUGCUAUUCGAAAAAUGACCAAAACUGCGCUUGGUAACGACUCGGUUCAAUUUCAAAAACUAUGGAUACCUGGAGAUGGAAGGUGUUUGUUCCGGUCUGUGGUUCAUGGAGCUUGCCUUAGGGAAGGGAAACCAUCUCCAACUGAGAGUCUUGAGAAAGAACUUGCAGAUGAGCUUCGAGCGAAAGUAGCGGAUGAAUUUAUUAAGAGGCGCAGGGACACUGAAUGGUUUCUUGAAGAUGAUUUUGACACAUAUGUAGGACAGAUGAGACAGCCUCAUGUUUGGGGAGGGGAGCCUGAGUUGCUCAUGUCUUCGCAUGUCCUAAAGAUACCAAUCACAGUAUACAUGCGAGAUCGAAAUUCUGGUAGUCUCAAAGUCAUAGCUGAAUAUGGUCAAGAGUAUGGGAAGGAAAAUCCCAUAUGUGUCCUGUAUCAUGGGUAUGGGCACUAUGAUGCAUUGCAGAAUCAGACUACGGAUAUAAAAUCCAAGCAGGGCAGAAAAAGAUGAAGAAAUUGUCAUUGUUCUAACAACGCUAAACUGGGGAUGUCCAGGAAGCAUAGAGAGGAGAUAAUGUGAAAUAGCAAGCAUGGUAAGGAAUACAUUGGUUUAAAGAGAAUAACAAAGAGAAGAAGGUGCUGUCAAGAGAAGAGAAAAGAAUUGCGGGGAAGAAAGGCAUUGACAGAGACAGUUUAUCACUUCCGCUGAGCAUUGAAAUUGGAUCUUGAAAAGGUGAAUUCUGGCAAGCUUAGAGAAAUCAGCUUUGCUGCAAAUGUGCCCUUUAUACUCUUCCCGCGGCCGUUCUACUCUCCUGUGUGAGAGCAUAGCUAGAAGAUUAUUCCCACAACAGUACCCAGAACAUGAAGACCUUGAGGAUGCACAUUAUGCUUACAGAAUUCGAGACAGGCUUCAAAAGCAAUAUCUUGUGCCUCUUGGCAAAGUCCUGACGCUACCUCAGGUUUACAUGAGUGCUAUAGCAGGGUCCCUUCCAUUUCCAUGAAAACCUAGAGAGACUUCUUCCUGAAACAUGAUGGGAAGAGUUCCAGGAUUACGUUGAGAGUGUCAAGCAAGGGUAGAAAACCAUAGCUGCUGGUGCUUUACCUCCCCAUGAUAUCAUUGCGUCAUUGAAUAGGUACAGAAUCAGCAGAGAUAACGCAAAGUUAAAAUGGAAAGAAUAGUGGAUGAUCUAAGGGGAGCCCUAAAAACUGCCUGGCUAUCUGUGAUGUCUCUGGAAGCAUGGUGGAAGAUAUCGGUAAGGUUAUCCCAUUAGAUGAGAGUGUUUGCACUUGGAUUAGUCUUAAAGAUAAAUGAAAAACCUUGGAAGGGAUAACUGAUAACAUUUAGCAUCAAUCCUCAGCUACAGAUUAAAAUCUUAAAGAAAAAUUAAUUCUACAUGGGAAAUGAACAUAGAUUUUCAUAUGGUCUCAGAUAAGAUCUUAGAAGUGCCCAGGAGAACAAAGCUAAGAGAAGAUCAUAUGAUAAAGAGGCUAUUUGUAGCGAGUUUGAAUAGGCAUCGGCAAAUGAUUGGUAAACUGACUAGAAAGUGAAGAUUCUUCUCUGCCAGAGAUUGUUUUGGAAUGUCAGAAACUCCAAGGCUGCUCCGGUACCAAGACACCAGAAAUGGGCGGUACUGAGACCACCAUGGAAAGGACCACAUCAGGAAAGAAUAUGAUAAGCUUGUUAUUUUAAUGCUUCUAAAGUUUGAAUACUUAAUACAUAUGGUAAAGAUGUGUUUUAAAAAUAAUAAAAUAA